AUGAAAGCCAUUGCAGCCCUGUCGUGCGUGGCCGUGGCCAACGCAUUCAUCCUCCCCGACCCCAAGAUCUUCGAGCAGUCCGCCAUCAAGAACGGUGAUCGCCGCUCGUGGUGGGACCGCGUCCCUUCCAAGGACUCCAUCGUGAACACGGUCGAGGAUGGCGUCGACUCCCUGUCGGCACACAUUGAGGGCGCUCUGCACACCCUCGAGGACACCGUCGAGAACAAAUUCGAGGACGUCUUCCAAGAGCACUUCCUCAACGAACACGACAGUUCCGAUAAGUCUAUUUACGAGUUGAUCUCCGAGAGCGAGCACACCACCGAGUUUGCCAAGCUGGUGAACGACUACAAAGAUAUCGUCGAGGUCCUGAAGAGCUCCAAGGCGAACCACACCCUCUUCGUGCCCACAAACAGCGCUUUCGAGCACAUCCCCAAGCACCACAAGAAGCCCAGCAAGGACGUGAUUGAGGCGAUCCUGAAGUACCACGUCGGAAUCGGCGAGUACGACGCCAAGAGGGUCUUGCGCACCCACACGCUCCCCACGCUGCUGGACGAGCCGCUUCUAGGUGGUAAGCCCCAGCGCCUUCGUAUCAGCGUCGGCCUCGGUGGCGUUCGUGUCAACUUUUACGCCAAGGUUGUCGCCGUCAACAUCCGUGCCAACAACGGAAUCAUCCACGCCGUUGACAGCCUGAUCAUCCCGCCUCCCUUUGUAGGCCGUGAGCUCACUCUGCUCCCUACCAAAUUCUCGACGCUGCUUCUCGCAUACGAGAAGACCGACUUUGUCAAGUACAUCCACGGCGUCAAGUCGACGGGCACCACCGUAUUUGCCCCUUCGAACCGCGCCUUCGACAGCCUCGGACUCAAGGCCAACGCCUUCCUCUUCAACACCGACUGCGGCCUGAAGUACCUCAAGGCGCUGCUCAAGUACCAGAUCGUCGCCAAUACCACCCUCUACAGCGACGCCUACUACCGCCCAGAUGACAAGGACGAUGCCAAGGUCACGGAGCACUACCACAUCGACCUUCCCACUCUGCUCGACGGCAAGAACAUCGCCGUCGACGUGGCCACCUGGGGCGGCUGGACCAAGGUCAAGCUCAACGGCUACAUCCCCAUCUCUGUCGGUGACGUUGUCGCCAAGAACGGCGUCAUUCACGUUCCCGCCCGCGUUCCCAUUCCUCCCCACAAGCACAAGACCGGGUCCGUCGACGGAGAGAUUUCUGUCGAGGAACUGAAGGAGAGGUUGGCUGACUACGUUGACAAGGAGAAGGACGCUGGUUGGCUCGAUGCCGAGCUGUGA